AUGUCUGGACUCAACAACGCUUCCUCGCUCCCAAACAUGUCGACUUUGUCAAUUGCCAACUUCAAUGGUGAAGGACAUCCCACAGUUGCAGAAGAAUUGGCAGGCCGCAUCAUCGACAUCAUGAAGGACCCUGAGUUGCGUGCUGUCACUGUUUGGGAGCUCAAACAACUCUUCAAGCCUUUGGGCUCCAAUUCCAAGGUCUUCCGCCAACUUCCGAACGAUAUCCGCGACCUUCUUGAGAAUAGCGACCCUACAAUUUUAAUUCCGAAGAACGCAGACACCAUGGCUCUUGCUGAACUCCUUGAGAAAGCUUUGGUCAUCGAGAACUUGGAGAAGUCUGAUCACCCAUUUGGUUCAAUUUCAUCAGGGGAGAGCGAGAUCUUGAACAGUUUUCGACUUAGGCGCACCCCCCUUUCACCACCAAAGGAUCCACUUACGAAGGAGGAAUUUAGUGACCAGGAGAGACGCCAAAAGGCAGCAAACACCAGGAUGGAGUUGGCGUUCAAGAACACAAUGGCCAGUUUCCAUGAUCAUCAGAAUGUUGUCAAGGUAAGCAAAACUUCACCGUCUCUCAACUCGCAGUCUCAAGGUUUCUAACAAGGCAUACCAGGAAUCGGAAUCAGCUAGAAUCACCGAAGAAUCUGGUUCCCAAGAGGUCGACGUCAAGCCCCAUGACUAUUCAGGCGAAGACAAAUCCGAGUUGGAACGUGUUAUAGAGGAUGCCCUAGCCGCUGGAGGUUCUCCUCGUCGUGUAUUCCUUACCAAGCGCUAUCAAGAAUACAUGACAGGAGAGGUUUCUGGUGAUAUUGGAGCUGUCAAACAUCUCAUUAUGCCCGAUGUCAUCGCGGAUACUACGAUUUUCGUCACCGGAACCAUGAAAGAUGUCGAGAAACGUGUGUUCAAAGAGGCGUACCUGUUGUCGGUUGAAGAAUGUAUGCCUCUGAUGUCCUCGAUUGCUGCCUCUCCGGUCGAAAUUAUGAAUAUGGUGGCUUUGGUUGGAAGUAUUAAUGUGGAAGUGGUUAAUCCAGUUACCAAGGAGUUGAUUGGUCGUUUUUGGGACGUUUUUACCGAUCUUGAUGAAAAAGCUGGAGUUUUUGGCGGUGAUAGCGAGGGUGGAUUCAUUUCCGCUCCAUGGAUGAAUUGGAAGGAAGGAAUUCGUCUUUUUGAUGUGCUAAAGAGUCUUUACUCUAGAAUUACAAGUGUACGAAAGUAA